UGCAGAGAUUUAAGAGAUUGUGGGGUCCCUGUCUGUCUCCCUGGUUCUCACCUCUUGCCUAUAAAAGCAUGAAACAGGUUUCCACCACUGUUGUUUUUCGCGCGCAAUUGCAUGCAGCAGGUGUCAAGGACUACAUCGAUCCAUUCAUUGAGGAUAGUGACAACGUUGAGGUAGAAAUGGCUGAAUCGAUGCUCAUCUUGAGAAUGUGUUCCAUAAUAUUGGUCCUUGGUUUUUCAGAGGCCAAAAUGGAAAUCAUCACCAGCAAACCAGAUGUGUUGCUGGGUGAGAAUGCCAUGCUCCUCUGCAAAGCUGGUGGGGAAGGAGACAUCACCUGGCAGAAAGAUGGAGAGGAUGCUGAAGAUGACCAUGUUGAGAAAGUGGAUGAAACAUCGUCAAAACUGUUCAUCAGGAAUGUCAAGAUAGAGGAUGCAGGACGGUACACAUGCCUCUGUGAAUUUGACACAGGCCACAGAGAUUAUGUAUCUUAUGCCAUCUUUGUCUACGAGCCGCCAUCCUUUGGGCAAACACCGACCAACCAUGAGUUCCUGGAGGGUCAAGAUGUGGUCAUCACCUGCGUGGUCACUGGCAAGCCGGCGGUGGAAGUCAACUGGGAGAGGGACCAUCAGAAACUGCACUCUGACGCAGGUCGGAUCACAAGAUUGAAAGACAACUCCCUACAGAUCAACAACAUCAGCAGGAAGGAUCGCGGAUCAUAUACCUGCGAGGCUAAAAUCAAGGACCGGCCUAUUUUCAAAAAGCACGUCAUCUCCAUCUUCGUCAAUGUUCCUCCCACAGUGAAGAUCCAUGAGGAGGUGAAGAAAGUCAUGGCCGGACCAGAGACCAAUGUCACCCUCAGCUGCCUGGUCGAGGGAGUCCCCCAACCGAACAUCAUCUGGACAAUCCCAGACUCUUCAGAUGAGUCCCGCUACAAGUACAACUCGGACAAGAGCGAGCUCAUUAUCUCGUCCGUUGUCAGGAGCGACUACGGCGAGUACAUCUGCACGGCCAAGAAUAAGAUCGCAGAGAGCAGUGCCAUGAUCAUGCUGGAUGUCUCAGAGCAUCCUGUAGCAGUACUGAGCCAGGAGAAGAUGGAGCUGGAGCCAGGCCAGACUCUCUCAGUGUCCUGUAACUACUGA